AUGCCCAAGCAGAGCAAGCAUCUACAGAAGCCCAAGCAGAGCAAGCAGAAACACAAGAAAGUGCGAGAAGCAGAGCAUGAAAAAUUUGGUCAUGUAGUUUUUAGUAAGACUGGCUAUGAUAAUUGGAGGAAUGCAGCGAAUAGAGGAUUCCCAGUUCAUUGCCGGGCUGUUAAUGGCUGCCACAACAAGGCAAGAAAAUGUGCUGAUGACUUCCGUAAUCAAAGGACAAGUAUCUCACGUAAUUUUCAGUCCAAUACUAUAGAUGCUGAGAAGAGAUAUGAGGUCAGAGUGACUGCAGCUUUAGACAUUGCAAGAUUUCUCAUUGCCCAAGGUCAUGCAUUUCGUGGACACGAUGAAUCUGCAACAUCCUUAAAUAAAGGGAAUUUUUCAGAGAUGCUUGAUUGGUACAAGAAAAGGAACAGUGAGGUGAGGGCUGCAUUUGAUGAUUACUGUCCACAAAAUGCUAAGACGACUUCUCACCAGAUUCAAAAGGAUCUUACAGAAAGUUGUGCAAAAGAGAUUAGUAAAGUGAUAAAGGAUGAGAUUGGGGAUAAUCUUUUCUCUGUUCUCAUUGAUGAAUCUCGUGAUAUCUCAAUAGCAGAGCAAAUGGCUGUGAUUGUGAGGUUUGUGAACAAAGAUGGAAUGGUUGUUGAAAGGUUCUUGGGUCUCAAGCAUGUGGAGGACACAACUUCAAAUGCACUAAAAAAAUCUUUGCUUGAGAUGCUUGCUAAGGAAGAAAUUUUGCAAAAAUUGGAGAGUGGUGAAAUUUUUUCUGGAAAGGGAAAGCAUCAAAGGACUAAUUUAGUUAGAGCUGGAGAAACAAGGUGGGGUUCUCAUUUAACAACCUUAGCUCGUAUUGAGAUGAUGUGGAAUUCUGUGGUUAAAGUGUUGUCCAUGAUUCACGAAGAUGAGCGUAAUACUAGCCGAGCGGGUGGUUUGGUGCACAAGAUAGAGAGCUUCUCCUUUGUUUUGAAUAUGAAGUUGAUGUUGAAGGUGCUUCGCAUUACUAAUGAGUUAUCUCAAUUAUUGCAAAGAAAGGAUCAAAAUAUUGUUCAGGCCAUGUCAUUGCUUAUUGAUGUGAAAACAAGGUUGAUGAGUUUGAGAAAUGAUGGUUGGGAGCCAUUGCUUGAUGAAGUCAAAUCAUUUUGCACUGAAAAGAUGAUUCCAAUACCAAAUCUAGAUGAGUCAAUACCUAGAUGGGGUCGAUCAAGGCUAGAUGGUAACUUAAUCACUCAAGAGCAUCAUUACCGUGUUGAUACUUUCUUGGCUGCUAUUGAUGCUAUUAUCACCGAGAUGGACCAUCGCUUCAAUGAGGUAUCAUCAGAGUUACUUGUUUGCUUCUCAUGUCUUGAUCCAAGAGACUCCUUUUCUAAGUUUGAUGUUGAAAAGAUUGCUCGAUUAACUGAAAUAUAUUAUGAAGAUUUCUCUGACUUGGAUCGCUCUAAUAUAAGAGAAUAA